AUGUGGGCGCCGGCGCAGCCGGGAACCGCGCAGGUAGCCAUGGCGGAGCUGCAACAGCUCCGGGUGCAGGAGGCGGUGGACUCUAUGGUGAAGAGUCUGGAGAGGGAGAAUAUCCGGAAGAUGCAGGGCCUUAUGUUCCGGUGCAGCGCCGCCUGUUGUGAGGAAAGCCAGGCGUCUAUGCAGCAAGUGCACCAGUGCAUUGAGCGCUGCCACGCACCUCUGGCUCAAGCCCAGGCCCUGGUGACCAGCGAGUUGGAGAAGUUCCAGGACCGCCUGGCCCAGUGCACUAUGUAUUGCAAUGACAAGGCCAAAGAUUCGAUAGAUGCAGGGAAUAAGGAGCUUCACGUGAAGCGGCAGCUGGAGACCUGCGUGACCAAGUGUGUGGAUGACCACAUGAACCUCAUCCCAACCAUGACCAGGAAGAUGAAGGAGUCCCUCUCUUCCAUUGGGAAAUAGCUGUCUGCUAGUGGCCAUCAGGGCUGAGGGCAGGAAUCAAUUUUA